CACCGACAGACAACUCGGUGACAACCGAUUCGAAUCACAAACUUGCACCGCUCUCUCGCUUAAAUAUGACUCUCGUGCCUUUUUGUUGUCCGCCCAGUUUUAAUUUCUUGGCUUACUCAGGCUGCCGAAUACCAGUUUAAAGGCUAUCUAUGUCAAGCGUCCGUGGACUUGUCAUGUUAAAGAACUUGGUAAAGUCAUAGGGACAGAAAGGGAGAAACCAAGCGCUAACUGUGCAUAGUGCAGGCGGAUAGGGUGAGUGUCUCCCCCCCCCCCUCCCACCUGCACACCGCGGCUACCUGGCGAGGAGAUUUGGAUUAACACUAAUGUACUGGUAAAUAACUCCACGGGACCGUUUACGGGAAGAAAAACGGACUCAUUCUCUCGCUGUGGGAUUUUGUUUUUUUUCUACACCAUCUUGGCUGAAGACGAUGUCUGUCCGGGGAUACUUUGUCGCUUUUUCCAAAUGCACAGUUCUUCUCUCCCUGAGGAUUUUGCUUCUUGUGCCUGCAGGGUUGCCAGUCCGCAGCCAAGGGGAUUCUCAAUCCGACAACAAAGUGAUGGACAAUAUCACCGUCCGACAAGGAGAGACGGUCUUUCUCAGGUGUGCACAGGGGGACGUUGUCACGCACACAGCUUGGCUAAACCGCUCGAGUAUACUGUACGCUGGAGAAGACAAAUGGUCGGUGGAUCCCAGAGUGAGUCUGGUGACCCUUAAUCAAGAGGAGUUUACCAUCAAGAUUGAAAACGUGGACAUGACAGAUGAGGGGCAGUACGUGUGCGCAGUCCAGACAAGCAGUCGACCGAGAACCACCUCAGUGCACAUCCUCGUCCAAGUGCCACCAGAAAUCAUCAACCUGUCAAAAGAUAUUGUGGUAAAUGAAGGCUCCAACGUCACCCUGAUGUGCCAAGCCAGCGGGAAACCAGAGCCUUCCAUCAGCUGGAAACUCAUCUCCUCCUCAGGGGACCUGGGAUCAGACGAUGAGUACCUGGAAAUCCCAUCUAUCUCCAGACAGAAAGCAGGGACGUAUGAAUGCACGGCUGUCAACGAGAUUGACACAGAUGUCAAAACCCUAGACAUCACCGUCAACUAUGCUCCGACUGUGUCAGAGGGCAGAGACGUGGGAGUGACUCUGGGCCAAAGAGGAGUGCUGGAGUGUGAAGCUGAUGCAGUGCCUGAGGCAGAUUUUGAGUGGUAUAAGGAGGACAGAAGGAUCCUCAAUGGCAUGGAUGGCAUGGAGAUCGUGAAUGCUGGAUCGCUGUCGAAGCUGACGUUUUUUAAUGUGUCUGACGGAGAUUACGGCAACUACACUUGUGUCGCCGUCAACAAACUCGGGAACUCAAACACAAGCUUCCUUCUGUAUGUGGUAAUAGAACCCACUAGCUCAACGCUAUUGCAAGGGCCGAGAGCAGUUCAGGAUGGCAGCGGUGGCGCAAUGGGAGUGCACUCACACACCUGUCUCCUCUUCAUAGUCUUUCUGCCGUUCCUGCUCCGAUUUUGAAGAGGAAUGGAUUUGAACACAAGUAUAUUGUGUGUGUGUGUGUGUGUGUGUGUGUGUGUGUGUGUGUGUGUGUGUGUGUGUGUGUGUGU